ACAUAAUAUUUAUUAUUCUGUAUUUCUGAUUUCUGUGUCCUAAUGGUCCUAAAUCUUUAUAAUUUCGCUGAUAGUUUUUAUUAUGUUGAUGUCAUUAAGAAAAUAAUUUUUGUUGUGCAUUAGGAAAGAUUGAGUUAUUCGAGACUGUUAUGAUGUUUCUGUAAAUAAAAAGCAUGCACAAUGGCAAACAAAGAUUAUAUUUUUGACAUAACAAAACUACGUUUAGAAGGAGAUUUUAACUCUCAAGUGCACCAAAUUCUGGAGUUCAUAAGGCUGACACGAGCGGAGGUGGAAAAUCUUCAGUUACUAUUUGAUCACUUGCACGAUGCAUUGCAAUCAGUCUGGCCAGGUUGUCAAGUUCACGCAUUUGGCUCAAUUGUUACCGGCCUUGGUAUAAAAUCUAGCGAUGUGGAUUGUUUCAUUCGCUUGCCAGUAUGGUUACAGAAUCCUGGCGACACUUAUGUAGCGCAAGCUAAAGCUGCUCUCAUGCAAUAUCCCCGUAUAUUCACAGAGUUGUUUGCUAUAAAGGGUGCAAAGGUUCCGAUUGUUAAGUUUUAUCAUGUUCCUACUCAAAGGCACUGCGAUAUUAGUUUCAAAAGCCCAACCGGAGUUGAAAACAGUAAACUACUAGCUUAUUUACUGAAUUUGGACAACAGAGUGUUACCUCUCGCUAUUUUAAUCAAGUAUUGGGCAAAAGUGCACAAACUGACUGGAACAAAUCUUAUGCCCAACUAUGCCUUAACUUUGUUAAUAAUAUUCUAUCUACAGCAUAAAGCUAUCCUGCCGCCAAUAUCGCUUCUGCAAAGAAAUGUAGAACAUAUAGUGGACAAUUGGAAUGUUGCCUUCGAAGAUGUCAUGCAUGUAAGCGGAAAUAACGAGUCUCUGUAUGAAUUGCUUGGUGGAUUUUUUAAAUACUACAGGGACUUUAAAUACGAUGUGUUUCUUGUGUGCCCGUUUUUAGGACUUCCUAUCAAAAGAGAUUUGUUUGCAAAAGGUGGGAAUGUCCCUUCUGAGUUUGAACUGUACAAAACUAAUUUAAAAAGACGUAAUUGUCUACCGUUACGGACGAAUAGUUUAAUAUGCAUACAGGAUCCAUUUGACCAUAGCAGAAACUGUUCUGUGGCAAUGUACCCAAGGUUGGUGAAUAAAAUUAUGUCAUGUAUUUCACAAUCCGCUGAGAUAUAUGAGAAUAAGAAAAGUGAAAUAUUUCUAUGGGAAAUAUUGUCUAUGGCUAUUGAAGAAAGUCCUGCAGUUAGUAAAAAGAGACGUGUACGAAAUGGUGUGGCUAAGUUUAAACCUAACCAUAACAUUAAAAAAGCAGCUCAGACUUUUCAUAAGGCGUUUAUGAGGUAUAAAGAAAAAGAAAGAGGAAAAAAUAAAAGAAAUUUAAAUAAUUUUAGUCAUAAUGUUACGAAACAUUAAGUCAAAUUUUUACAUUAAAAAUUUGUCUCUUCUGUUGCAACAUGUGAUAUCCAAUUUAUACUUGAGUAAUGUUAGUUAAUUAGGACAUAAUUAUUUUAAAUGGAUAAUUAUAGGUCAUGAAUCAUAUAAGUGGUAUACAUUGAUUAUUUUGUUAUAAAAGAAAAUAAAAUUUCAUUUUUAUG